AUGCUUGUACUCGUUCCAGGAAUCACUGGCAACCUCGGGCUGCAUCUGCUGGAUAGCCUGUCCUCUCGCGGGCACCACGUACGAGGCCUCGGCCGCUCUCCAGGCAAACUCAACGACCUCCAGAAAUCAAAGCUCGAGUCUUUCGUCCCGAUAAAGAACUACUACGACAUCUCAGCGCUCGACGAAGCCUGCGCUGGAGUCGACGCUAUCAUCUGCGCCUACACAGGAUCUCCGGUAAUGCAGCUCGAUGCUCAGCUACUUUUACUUCGAGCCGCUGAGCGAGCCGGUAUCACCCGAUUUCUGGCAGCUAGCUGGAAUUGUGACUGGAGGCAAUUGCAGCUCGGUCAACACCAGAGCUACGAUGUUAUCAUUGCCUUUCACCAGCAAGCCAAGCUCUCGUCAACGAUAAAACCGAUCUAUUUACUGACAGGCGCCCUCGCUGAGGUCUACUUUUCUGUCCCUGGCCAUGGCAAUUUCUCCCCAGCCUACAAAGGGCCGUGGGACUCAGAGAAACAUACUAUCGACAUAUGGGGGACAGGCGAUGAGAAGUGGGAUCUCACUACUGAGCGCGAUGCAGCCGAGUUCUCGGUCGAGAUUAUUCAGCGUGACGACGCUCCCAACGGCGGCUUCUGGGAGCUACACUCCGGCGCAUACUCGCCUCGCGAGCUCGUGAGCAUCUACAAGAAUGUUAGAGGGAUUGAGAUUGCAUACAACUACCAGGGUACACUGGACGAUCUAAGGGAACUCGCCUACUCCCUUAAGGAUCAAAAGCCAUACAACGAUUACUAUAGUUUCAUCGGCUUGUUCUAUCAGCUUUUCCAGCUGGAUGGAACUUACUCAUUGAAGAACGUUGAGAAUCACAGGUUGAGUGUCAAUACUACGUCCAUGGAGGACUUCCUUCGUCAGAACCCAGACGUGUAG